AUGGAGGAAGACAAUAACACUGCAGCUCUUGAUAACAUUGUGACCGAUUUUCAGAGCUAUGAGGACUUCCUGAGUUCUCAAGUCACAUCUUUGGAUUUAUAUUAUCUCGAGGAUGAGGACGUGGCUCGCCAGCUGGUGGAGCUGGGCUACAGGGGCAGCGGUGAGGUCCUGAAAAGGGAGGAAUUCGAGACAAGAAAAGCAGCUGCGGAGGCCCCGCGGCUCACUAAGAGCCAGCAGAAGACACUGGCAAGUGCAGGAAAAGAACUCAAAGAUAACUUCCUGAAAGCCCUGGCAGAGCGCGAGGAGGUCCACCGCAGUGGGAAAAUGACUUCGAUCAUUUUCAUAAGGGACCGAAAUGCUCAUGGACAGGAAAUAUCUGGGUAUAUAGACUACUCCCACAGACUCAAAUCUGAAGAUUUUGAACCAUAUUUCAAUGGGAAGGAGAAGCUUUUGCCAAGACCAACUGAUUUAAGCUUUUAUAACUGGGAAACCGAGCUAUGUACGUCCAAUGACACUGCAAACUACCAGGUGAUUGCUGAGAAUCCAAGUGGGAUGGUCUUCAAGAACAAAAUAGACCGAAAAAUCCUGAGCGUGGAUCCAAAGGUACCUCCUGGUGAUAAUUCCACAAGAACUCCCAUCCAGUCAGACCUCUACAUGCAAGUUGUCAUCUACGACCACACCAACAGGAGGAUAAACUAAGCCGAUGUGUGCUUCAGAGACAAUAAUUCAACACAUAUUGAACAUUGCUGGAAGUCUUUAAUUUCAUCUAAAUAAAAGUUAGC